GCCGGCUCGCGGUUUGUUGUGUUUUGUUCUUGCACAAAGUGCCGGUUCGUUCUUUUUCUCCGAUAAAAACUGCAAGUUUGUUUAAAGAAAGUGGAGUAAAUGUGGUGGAUUUGUUAAAUUUUGCAAAUCUGGAUGAAUUAUGUGAGAUUAUGAUCACCGCUUCUGAGCCUCUGGAAUAUAUUCCGCGGGGACGUCAGGCGGUGGAGACACAUCCUGGUCCCUCUAUGGUACACCAAAGCAGCAAUGUACCACCGGGAGAAAAUUUGCUGCUGCAUCGCUUGCAAAACUUUAGUAUAUCCUCGGAUGAAUCGUCAUCUGAAUUUUGGCACCUUGAAGAGGUAUUUGAGGAGUCUCAUAGUGGGAGAGAAGCGGAAUUUGAGGAGUAUGAGGGUAUUUCGAAUUUAAAUUUUCUGCAUACGUUUCGUGCCAAUUCCGAGGAUGAGUUGUACGUGAAGGGAAACACCGCAAUUUGGAGUCAAGGCCUACAGGGUGAUGAUGAUCAAGUAGCUCCAAGAGUUUGCUUCACCUGUGACACUCCCAUCAAGUUUGCCUUCUUCUGCACCCCUUCUUUCAUGGUAUCCGAUGAUGGUGCCAAUGAAGGUGACAGUGGAAUUGCCAACAAGAAAGAUAAGCAUCGUGGGAUAUGUCUCAUAGAUUCGACGAGCCUUCGUGUCUAUCGGAAUGAUGGGGAAGAUUUCGUUUGUGCCCUGGAAUUUCAAGUAUCAAAUGUAUGGCUCACCGAUAUAGGGAUUCUCCUGGAGAAGGAAGCAUCUGACAUGUUGAUUGAAGCAGAUACUCUCUUACCGAUGCCUCGUGUAUUUUCCCUCACCCAUCCCUUGGAUGAGAUGAGUCCCGUUCUCAUAAAGAGCUUCACGGGUUGCAUUAGCUAUCUCACUGAGAUGGAUUACAAAUUGGUCAGCACAGAUCCAUUGAAUAAUAUUAUUUUGAUGUUUGAUCAUAAGCUCGGUAAGCAUUUUGUGUGUAGCUUGAGGAAGACCACGACGGAUGAAGUUGACGCAGUUGCCGGACAGACGUUAAAUAGUACAAUGAAUAGCCCCCUAUUCCCAGGGUCACACUACCAAACGGGGCAACAGGGAUCUCUGUACAAAUCAGCAGCUCUCUAUACAACAAAAAUGCACCAAAGUCACCUUCAUCCCAACAUGGACACGACUUUUUGGUCUCUCAGCAAUAGACCGUCAGGAUCACCCGUAAGUUGGACAUCAUUGAGUCAUACAUCGCAAGCUAUGCGCUCAUCCCAGUCGCCACUGACUCGACUUCAAAACUCCAUUGGGCAAUCUUCUUCUUCGACAAUUAGUGUGAGAAAACUAGGGCAGGCUCAACCUUCAAAGCCAAUCAUCCCUGAGUACACACUCGUCCAUCUCUGGAAUGAGCCAAUUAAUGCCAGGACUGAAUUUAUUGAAUGCGCCUCCAAAGGAUUCCUUCAUACUGAUCUCGUUGGGCAACUGUAUCUGUGCUACCUCCUGCCGCGGAAUGCAAAAUUAAUUUUGGUUCCGAUUGUUAAGACAAAGGAAUCUGAGUUUCAUUUCUUUGGGAAAACCACAGCCAUAGAGGCUAAGGAUGCCGAAGUGCUCAACAGGAUGAACAUGAUAACCAUCCUUGCACCCUGUGGCACUAUUAUGCUGUACUCUGGAGUAGUACACGUGGGAAAAGUUCACGUUGGUGGCGUUCUCUCGAGUUUUGCUCUCAUCGAUCGGUUGGGCUCGAUGAAUUUUCCACGACGGAGCAGCUUACUGCCCACUGCUCCGCCAGAGUCUCAAAUUGAAGAUGAUCUCAAUAUGUUUUCACCCGUGCAUCCCCUUGCACCUGCAAAUACAGCCAAAACAUCAUCAGCUAACAUUUGCAUCGGUGUUCGCGACUCAACGGGAAAUCGUUUGAAUUUGGUGUACGCCGGAGGGAAGUUGUUUCGCAUAACAUUGCCCCAAUUAUGCGAAAAUACUCUCGUAGCUCGCUGUCUCCUGGCACUACGGCAGGUUCUGCACAGUGAUUUAGCUCUGAAAGUCAUGGUUAAAUGGUAUGGCAUCAAAAAUGCCCCUGGAACAACAAAUAUUACUCCAAAUAAGGAAUGGACAAUGUUCAAGCACCUUCUGCUGGAGAUGCUUGGGCGUUCAUCCAGUAGCCCAGAUGCAUCAUCCAGUUCCCAAUCAAAUAUGUCAUCGGAAGAACCGAAGAAGCGCCGAAAGAAUGAUAAUUCAACUGGUUCCGAUUCUGAUUGGGAGUAUCUUCUUCAUGUCCGCAGAGAAAAUGCAUUUGUGUCCCAUGGAGUUAAUAAUUUGGGUGAAAGUGUCGAUGUUGCCCCAAUGAAGAAUGACACCACUGCUCUUCUUUUCUCCCAAAUUCCCGUGAUACUCUUCACAUUGCACAUGCUCUAUGAAGAUUUAAAGUUGAGUACAGCAACUCAGCAAUACCUUCAGCCCUUGGCGGAAUUUCUCUAUCAAUUGGCCAUGGAUUUGAAUUUAGAUCAGUACUGUCUUCACUACUAUUUGGAUUUCCCAUAUUUGGCACAAAAAAUCUCAACGAGCUACCUCACAGAGACAGACUUGACCAGUCUACAGAACCUCAACUUGAUCAUAUCGACAACCAUACCCCGUAUUUAUCGUAAUGUGUAUGAUACAGUUAAAAUGGACAAAGAUCAAGAGAUGGAUAAGUUGGAAUCAUAUCCGUAUAUUGCACGGGUGAAUGGGAUGUCGAGAAAAAUUGUCAAAGCAAUCACAUACUUCCAUCUUGGGGAGAAUGCAGGAAAGAAGUGUGUGAAGGAAUAUAUUCUAGCAACGGGAAAAGUCGUGGCAGAUGAAGAAAUUGUCUCACUCAGUAGUAAGAUGAGGAUAACACGGGAACAAAUUGCCCAGCUACCACCAGCUAUUAAUUUCGUAAUAGUGCAAUUUAUUGAAAAAUAUAAAUCUAAUCCACCUGUUGGGUCUGAUAUUGAUACAUACAGACUUAUCCUUCGAUCCGAUCUCGUAUCACAUGCAUCCUACGGGAAGGAGAAUAGGAGAAUUGCAAAUACAAAAAAGUACGGCAAUGAGCACUCACUAACACCACGUGUAGCCCCUAAUCCAUCCCUCAAUGGUAAGAGCAGCAAUGGUGUUGAGGAAGACGGUAUGGAGGAGAUUGAUUCGAAACUCUUCUGUCUGCGCUUUCCUGAUGAUCUUCGUAUCCAUGAGGUACGUCGUUUGCUGAAUAGCGCAAAUCCAGUUACAAUUGAUAUCAUCCAAGGACCCAAUGUGACCGAUCAUGAUUUCAUCGAAGAGAAAGAGAAGCAACUCUUUGCAAUUUGUACGCGUACAAUGGCUCUACCUGUUGGACGUGGUAUGUUUACGUUGCGUACUACAAGCCCCACAUCAACGGAAUCCCUGCCAAUUCCGAAGCUCUGUUUGACGGGUAAGGAAGUCCUCAAGGGGGCAACAAUUGAAUUGCAGCAGAUCGAGGUACCGCCAAAUAUGAAUUGUUGGCCACUCUUUCACAAUGGCGUUGCUGCUGGUAUGAGAAUCUCACCACAAGCUAAAGAUAUCGAUUCCACGUGGAUUGUGUACAAUAAGCCAAAGGGAUCAUCGGAUGUUUCAAUUGAGCACGCCGGUCUGCUAAUGGCUCUAGGGCUCAAUGGUCACCUCAAAAGUCUCUCCUUUAUGAGUAUCUACGAUUACCUCCUAAAAUGCGAUGAAAUGACAAGUAUUGGUCUACUUCUGGGGAUUUCAGUAGCUAACAGGAAAACAAUGAAUAUGACAAUUACAAAGCUCCUGAGUGUGCACAUUGAGGCACUCCUGCCACCCACGGCAUUAGAGCUAGAUAUACAGCAGAACAUCCAAGUGGCCACACUAAUGGGUGUUGGGCUUGUAUUUGAGGGUACAUCAAAGCGACAUAUGGCGGAAAUUCUUCUUCAGGAAAUUGGACGGCCACCUGGACCAGAGAUGGAGAAUUGCGUCGAGCGGGAAUCGUACGCACUUACGGCCGGUUUGGCUUUGGGUCUCGUAACUCUGGGUCAGGGUGAAACCCCCAUUGGGCUGCGAGAUCUCAAACUUCCCGACACACUGCACUACUACAUGAUUGGCGGGAAUAGGAGAGCACUUACAGGGGCUCAGCGUGAAAAGUACAAAUUGCCAUCAUUCCAAAUUCGCGAAGGAGACACGGUGAAUAUUGAUGUUACUGCACCGGGGGCUACCCUAGCACUGGGUCUGAUGUUCCUUCAGACAGGCAAUCAAGCUGUGGCCAAUUGGAUGAUGCCACCAGACACAAAGUACUUGCUGGACUUUGUACGACCGGAUUUGCUAAUGUUGCGAAUGAUUUCACGUGGAUUGAUAAUGUGGCAUACGGUUGAGCCAACACAAGAGUGGCUGGAUCAGCAAUUUCCGCCUUCGUUGAAGUUCGACCUAAAACGCGGUCCUGACUUGGAAUAUGGUGUUGAUAUUGAUCACGAAGCCCACUGUCAGGCGUACUGUAACAUUAUCACAGGAGCAGCCUUCUGCAUGGGACUUCGGUAUGCUGGAACGGAAAACCCAAUUGCAUACAAAACUCUCAAGGAUCUCGUGAAGCUCUUCCUUGCCAUGGGUGGACAGUAUGUGGGGGAGUACGCUGGAAAGGCCACUGUGGAGUCGUGCCUCAUAAUGAUCGUUCUAUCGCUCUCGCUGAUCUUUGCUGGAUCUGGAAAUCUCAAUAUUCUACGCAUAAUAAGGCUUCUGCGGACACGAAUUGGUGUGACGAAUGCACAUGUGACCUAUGGUUCACACAUGGCUCUCCACAUGGCACUGGGAUUCCUCUUUCUCGGUGCAGGGCGUUACACACUUUCGACAUCCCAGAGUGCUAUUGCAGCACUAGUGUGUGCCCUUUUCCCCAAAUUCCCCACACAUAGCAACGAUAAUCGCUACCACUUGCAGGCAUUUCGUCAUCUCUACGUGUUGGCCAUUGAAGCACGACUUUUCUUGCCACGCGACGUCGACACCGGAAAGUUGAGUCUCUGCAAUUUGGCAUGCAUUAAAUUGGGGUCAACGGAAAUAAUUCAAUUGCCCAUAGCACCGUGCAUUCUCCCUGAAUUGAAUACACUUCAAGCGGUGAUUGUCAAUGAUCGAUAUUACUGGCCCAUACGCUUUGAUCGAGAUACAAAUUGGCAUCAAUUGGAGAAGAUUCUUCAGAAAUGUGGGUGUGUUGACAUAAAGAAGAGAGCUGGGUGUUUCUCACUACUUGAGGAUCCUAAUCGACUGAAGAGUCUGCUGGCAAAGUCACUCACCUCUGAGCAGUUUAGUACUUGGCGGAUUAAGCCAAAAAAUCUGUUAUCCUUCUCGAGUGAUACAUUUGUGGAGAUUUUCGUGGACAAAUUCCUCCUUGGUCACGAAGAUGUCCCAAUGUGUGAUCAGGAACAGGAUUUAACAGAACUCUUGAUGACACAAUUCUACAAUUGUCUCAUUCAAGAUCGCAUGGAGGCCCUGCCAAUUUUCGUGUCACUCGUCAUAAUUAUUCGAAGGAUUAACUUGAGACCCUCAAGUCAGGAUGUGUGGCAAUUUAAGAUAAUAGAAGCCACCCUAAGGAAAGCAAAAUUCGUGUCGCACCAAGAGAGUCUUCUCUCGCGGGAGAUACUGCAGUCACUUGAACUGAAACUCAUGACGUGCAUUGAAGCAUGGGGUAAUGAUUGCUUCAACCUCAUGAAGCAAUUCCUCUUCUCGUCCAGCAUUAAUUUUCUCCAAGAUGGGAAUUUGUCAACUGUAACACUCACAAAGUUGGCAAUUCUUGUUGUCUUCUACGACUUGCCCAUAAAUGUGUUGAACUUUGUUGAUCUCAGAGGGCAACUCAACUACCUGGGGAUGCUCGUGGAAUUGAAGCGGCUCAAUUUGGAUACAAAAUCCAUUCAUUGUAUAUCAAAGAUUCUUCUGAAUUCCGUUUGAAUUAAUGUAAGUGAUAUGCAAAAUAAUAUGGUUUUUUUUUUAAAUUAAA